AUGGAAGAUGAUAGGAAUUGGGGCCCGAAGCUUUUCAAGUUCAUCAAUGCUUGGGUUUUACACCCUAAGUUCCUUGGUGAUGCAAAAAAAGUUUGGGACUCAACUAAUAUACAUGGUUGGGCUUUUUAUAUAAUUAUGGAAAAGCUGAGAACUCUAAAAGUAGCUCUGAAAAAAUGGAAUGUGGAAGUGUUUGGUGAUGUAGAAUUAGAAUUGAAAGAAGCUGAAAGUGUGUUACAUUCUAUGGAUUUACAAUCUGAAGUGAGGGAAUUGACUGAGGAGGAAGAGGGUCAAAGAAAGGAAGUCAGGGGUUUGAUAUGGAAGCUUAGUAAAAGAAAGGAGUGGAUGUGGAUGCAAAAAUCGAGGUUGGAUUGGGCUUUGAAAGGAAAUAGAAAUACUAGAUUCUUUCACAUUAUGGCCACCAAGAAGCAUAACAGAAACGUGAUUACUUCUGUUUUGGUUAAUGGGGUUGAGGUGGAUGAACCUAUUGAGGUCAAAUAUGCAGCUUGCUAUCACUUCCAAAAUUUAUUUACUGAACAUUGGUGGUUUAGGCCAAGUAUUGGAGGUGAUUUUAAGAAAAUUGCUGCUAAUCAAGUAGAUGCUAUUCUAGAGAGAGAAUUCUCAGAAGAAGAAGUAUGGGCUGAUGAGUUCAAUAGCAAUUGUAAAUUGAGGUAUGCGGUAAAUUUCUCUUUUGUUGCUCUUAUUCCCCAAAAGGAGAAUCCAACCUCUUUUCUUGAUUACAGACCCAUUAGCUUGAUAAAUUCCCCAUCUAAGGUGUUGUCCAAAGUUUUCGCUAGUAGAAUGAAACAAGUCCUGUCUACUGUGAUUGAUAAGGCCCAAUCUACUUUCGUAGGGAGAAGAAACAUUCUAGAUGGUGUGCUUAUAGCUAAUGAGGUGGUGGAUUGGUGGAAAACAUCAAAAAAGAAGGGUAUUAUUCUCAAACUGGAUUUUCAAAAGGCAUACGACACUAAAGGGUUAAAACAGGGUGAUCCUCUCUCCCCGUUCUUGUUCAAUGUUGUUGCUGAAGGCUUGAACAUAUUGUUGUCAAGAGCUAAGGAAUUGAGGAUUAUAAAAUGA